CAUAACACGACGAGUCUUCAAUACUCGUGCCUACACAGUGUGUCUGUGUCAUCAUCAAUUUCAGACCCAAACCGAGAAGAAAGUGGUGUAAAAAGAAAAGAGCUUAAGUUGUCAUUCUGCAAAAAGCAAACGGGAAACAGAAGUGUUUACAUUUUUCUUUUCUUUUUUCUCUUUGAAAAUAAUAAUAAUUUGGCCCAAUUCACAGUAGGAGCAAAAGAAUUUGAUCUACCAAAUGAAAUGAGCUCAGUUAUUAGAUUCCCUAUAAUUCUGCUCUUCUUGUUACGCCUUGCAAUUAUCGUCAAAGCAGAGUCUCCAGAGUAUCGUUAUCAUUUCUGCUCCAACACAACCACUUUCACUCCAAAUAGCACAUACCAGACCAAUCUAAACCAAGUCUUGUCUUCUCUUUCCAACAACGCGAACAACUCUAUUGGCUUCUUCAACAUACCUUCAGGGCAGCAACCUGACGAUGUCUAUGGCUCAUUUCUCUGCCGUGGCGAUGUUAGCACCGAUGUUUGCCAAGAUUGUGUCACUUUCGCUACUCAGGACAUCGUCAAACGUUGCCCUAUCGAAAAGGUAGCCAUAGUAUGGUACGAUCAGUGUCUCCUGCGUUACGAAAAUCAGUCCUUCAUCUCCACCAUGGACCAAACACCUGGAGUAUUCUUGUCGAAUACGCAGGAUAUAUCUGACCCUGAUCGUUUCGACAAUCUAUUAGCUACCACUAUGGAGAAUUUGGCUACUGACGCAUCUAGUGCUGCAUCAGGAGAAAAAAAGUUCGCAGCGACAGAAGACAAUUUUACCGCUUUUCAGAAACUGUACAGCCUUGUGCAGUGCACACCUGAUCUAUCCAACCCAGGUUGUAGGCAGUGUUUACAGGGAGCUAUCUCGAAUUUGCCCAGUUGUUGUGGUGGGAAGCGAGGAGCAAAUGUCUUAUAUCCAAGCUGUAAUGUUCGUUAUGAGGUGUACCCAUUUUUUAAUGCAACUGCAGUUGAGCCGCCACCGCCAUCCCCAUCGCCUGCUGUUCCUCCUCCUCCUCCUACAGGUUCAGGAACAAGACCAGAAACAGAAGGACAAAGCGGUAUAUCAACUGUUAUAAUUGUAGCCAUCGUUGCUCCAGUUGCUAUCGCUAUUGUGCUUUUCUCUCUGGCCUACUGUUACCUAAGGAGACGGCCAAGAAAGAAGUACGACGCUGUGCAAGAAGAUGGAAAUGAGAUUACAACUGUUGAGUCCUUGCAAAUUGAUCUGAAUACGGUAGAAGCUGCUACAAAUAAGUUCUCUGCUGAUAACAAGCUAGGUGAAGGAGGAUUCGGUGAGGUUUACAAGGGUAUACUUCCUAACGGGCAAGAAAUAGCUGUAAAAAAGCUAUCAAGAAGCUCUGGGCAAGGUGCACAAGAGUUUAAGAAUGAGGUUGUAUUGUUAGCCAAGCUUCAACACAGAAAUUUGGUGAGGCUACUAGGAUUUUGCUUGGAGGGAGCAGAAAAAAUACUCGUCUAUGAAUUUGUUUCCAACAAAAGCCUCGACUACUUCCUUUUCGAUCCUGAAAAACAGAGACAACUAGAUUGGUCAACACGUUACAAAAUAGUUGGAGGAAUUGCUCGAGGAAUCCUUUAUCUUCACGAGGAUUCUCAACUAAGAAUCGUACAUCGUGAUCUCAAAGUCAGUAAUAUUUUACUGGAUAGAAAUAUGAAUCCAAAAAUUUCAGAUUUUGGUACGGCUAGAAUUUUCGGAGUUGAUCAAUCCCAAGGAAAUACUAAAAGAAUUGUUGGGACAUAUGGAUAUAUGUCUCCGGAAUAUGCAAUGCAUGGACAGUUCUCCGUCAAAUCUGACAUGUACAGUUUCGGUGUUCUAAUUCUUGAGAUUAUAUGUGGAAAGAAGAAUAGUUCUUUCUAUGAAAUAGAUGGCGCUGGUGAUCUUGUGAGCUAUGUCUGGAAACACUGGAGAGAUGGGACACCUAUGGAAGUGAUGGAUCCAGUUAUAAAAGAUUCAUAUUCAAGAAAUGAAGUCCUAAGAUGCAUCCAAAUAGGCUUGUUGUGUGUUCAAGAAGAUCCAGCGGACAGACUCACAAUGGCAACAGUAGUGCUUAUGCUCAACAGUUUUUCUGUUACUCUGCCAGUGCCUCAACAACCAGCAUUCUUUAUCCAUAGUAGAUCACAGCCGACUAUGCCAAUGAAAGGAUUAGAGUUAGACAAAUCUACUCCCAAGUCAAUGCAACUCUCCGUUGAUCAGGAACCUAUCACUCAAAUAUAUCCUCGAUAGUAAAUGCAAUUGAAUUUUCUUGGAAAUAAGUUACAAAGACUGAUACGUUAGUUUCAUCACUGGGGUUGGCUCAAUGCAUACAUAAUAAAGGUAGGUAUUGAAGAAAAGGUUAAUACAAUAUUGAGUUGUCAAUUAACUACCUUUGUUUCUAUAUAAUAAUACUAUAAUAAAAGUUCAAUAUAAAUUCGUAAUCAUCAUUUAUUGUUGCA